AUGGCACCGACCGCCCGGGCACACUGGCUGGCCAAGCUGGUGGAGUACCUGGUGCCUGCCUUCCUGGGCAGGGACCCCACCUUCGUCCCCACCUUUCUCUGGAACUACAGAGCUUUCGCCACCACCCAACAGGUGUUGGACCUACUGUUGACAAGGUAUGGCUGCAUCUUCCCGUAUGCUGAAGAGGAUGGUGGGCCUGUGGACCAGCAGAAAAAGGCCAUCAUCUCCAUCCUGGGCAUGUGGCUGGACCAGUUCCCUCAGGACUUUUUCCAGCCCCCAGACUUUCCGGGCCUGGUGACGCUGCUGGCCUACCUGGAGCUCAAUUUCCCAGGCUCAGCCCUGGAGCGCCAGGCCCAGCUGCUCCUCUCAGAGCUGGAGCGCUGCGAGCCCACAGAGGUGGAGGGCGAGGAGGACUCGGAGCUGGAGAGCCGCGAGCCCACAGACGCGGAGGGUGAGGAGGACUCGGGGGAGGGCUCAGAAUGUGAGGCGGCAGUGGAGCAAGGCCGGGUGGGUUACUCGGCGGCUCCAUUGCCUUCAGAAUCGACCAAAGCGCGGCUUUCAAACGCAACCAGCACGCAGCGUGGACGCCACUUCUUCGGUUCUCCGAGGUUUGGGAGUCUGCCCGGCCCUCUGUCCAGCGACAAGGAUAUGGCUCUGUCCAGCAGUGACUAA